CCUAGCAGGGGGACGAGUCUUCCUUCAGUGGGAGAACGGAUAUCGACUGACUAUUAGACAGACAGAGAGACCAGACCGGAAGAGACUGAAGGUUACUGUGAAAUCCAGAAGAUCAGAGAACAUGGUGAAUGAAAGGCAUCUUUUCAAAAGGGACAUCGUUCUAUAGUUAUUGACGGACAUCAUUUGAAAGCGCUGAUAAAGUGCACGUUUACGAUGACUGAAAAUUAGUUGAUUGUAUAAUCAAAACAAAACAACAACGAAAGAAUAACAAGCCCACGCAACACACGCUCGUGCCUGCUGUAUGUAUGGGGAACUCGCGGAGCCUCGUAAUCGCACUAGACUACCUCGCAUGUAACCUGACGUCAUUUAAAGCACACGGUAUCCUCCAGUUGCCAUAUGCCAGGUAGUUAUGUUUAAACACAAGGUCUGCGCCGAGGCAUGUUUGCCAAAGAAAGUUUAAUCUAUAGGCUAUAUGUGUCCUAAAGAUAACCGACAUAACGGCCUGCAAUAUAUGUCGUAAAACGCAGGAACGCGUGUUUAUUGAGCUAUGAAAAUGUGAACCCGAGAAAGCUUCGAAUUCCCUGAAAAUUGAGUAGAGCAUUCAUAGCAAUCUGAUCGCCUCGAGCUCAUGCGCUUAGUCUAAUGACGCCACCGCAGGUGGAGCGAAGCAAAUCACCUUCCUCUGGAUACACAGCCUAUGGAGCGCUCAGUGUAGCAGUCAGGCGGUUUGCCUUCCUCUGGAUACACAGCCUAUGGAGCGCUCAGUGUAGCAGUCAGGCGGUUUGCCUUCCUCUGGAUACACAGCCUAUGGAGCGCUCAGUGUAGCAGUCAGGCGGUUUGCCAAAGCCGUGUGGUCGUAAUAUUUAACGUUAUAUCUGACCUUUAAACACUUGUUUUGUGAAAUAGCGCAUGUUCAAACAUGAGCCUGCGUAAACCCAGAAGAGUGAUGUGAACUGUUGUACCGUCUGUUUGAGAUUUGUACAAGCAACAACAUUUGGAAAAAUACCUGGGAAAGAUCAUAGAGGCAACAGGCGGUGUUGCGAAGACUUUGAUCAGGAGGUACCGACCAUAUAUUGUUAAGGUAAGAGGCAGGAGAAGCAUCAGGAUGCUGUGGAUAUUGAUCUUCCUGCUGCCCAGAAUAGGGCUGAGUGUCAUGACCCAGACACUAUCACACCAGGACGAGCGCAAAGAUGGUGACGUCUCUCCUGCCACCAGACCCCACAUCUACCGCUGCCGCUCUCCCAACAUGGAGGAGUUCACCUGCUGGUGGCACCCCCUCCACCAGCCCCCAGAGAGCCACGUGGACUAUACACUCACCUACAGCCUGGAAAAGGCAUCCAAGCAGGAGUGCCCGGACUACGAGUCUGCAGGCCCCAACAGCUGCCACUUUGACAAGAGACACACGUCGGUCUGGAAGAUGUACUGCAUGGAGGUGACAGCUGUGACGUCGCAGGGAAACCACACAUCCCAGCAGAAGUGUGUGGACGUGCAGGAGAUAGUGGAGCUCGAGGCACCAGUCAACCUGACCUACACCUUAUUGAAUGGCAGCAAGGAUGAUGAUGGUCGCACGGUCAAGGUGUCCUGGGUCUACCCUGUCCCAGACCACAUCCAGUUCGGCUGGAUCUCGCUGGACUUUGAGCUGCAGUACAGACACAUAUCUGAACCCACCAACUGGAAGGUUAAAGGUUUGCUGCAAGAGUUUUCUCUGGAUCUACUGGACCUGCCUGCAGGAGAAUACCUGGUCCAGGUACGCUGCCGCCCACGCAGACACGGGCUCUGGAGCAGGUGGAGCUCCGCCCUCCCGCUCACCAUACCUGGGAGGUCUGCUUCAGAUAGACUGCUGGCUCUUCUGUUGGUGACGGGAGUUGGAGUCAUGGCGCUGCUGGUCAUCGGCUGUGGAGUGCUCCCUCACAGCAGGAGGAUCAAAGCCUUCCUUCUCCCUCCCAUCCCAAGACCCAGGAUCAGUGGGAUAGACCCUCUGCUUGUGAAGAAGGGCAGCAUGGAGGAGAUCAACCGACACUUCCUGUCGCUGCACGGUUUCCAUGGCUACAAGCCCGCCAGCUAUAGCGACGAGUUCUGGGACAUGGUCAGCUCAGACGGUAACCAAACUCUCCAUGGUAACCCCGGUAACCAAACUCUCCACGGUAACCCCGGCUUCAAGGGGGUCGAGAGGAGGCUGAAUACGGCCGCUUCCGGUGACCCGACACCCACAGCUACCCAGACCAAGCCCCCCGUCACCCCAAACCCAAACCCUUACAUCCAGGGACCUCUCCAGGGCCCCUUCCCCUACUGCCAGUCCACAACGUGGGUCUCCCAGCCCCUGGACUCAGCCCCCGCAGAGCUACUCUCCUUCCCUGGAUCAGAUUACAGCCUCAUGGCGACCCCAGCCCGGGCCUCCACCUUCGAGGCAGCCUCGUCCACCUCCCAGGAUUUCUAUACCUGUGUGAACGGACUGAGCCCUGCUGGGGAGGUGCAGCUGGUGCCAUGCCUGGCCACCUCUUCCAAACGAUGCCCCUACGUGCAACUGAAGGGGCAACUGAAGGGGCAUCUGGCUGAGGAACGAGCAGAAAAGAGCCACCAGUUAGCCGACUACCUGGCAAGGAAGGUUGAGAUGGUGACACAUGGCCGAGUGGGGAUGAAGGAGGGCGGAGCUGCAGAGAACAGCCAAGCAGUCGUGCCUUUGCUGCCAGAUGCAACCACUGACACGGUGUAAACACACACUACGAACACACACUCACCUACAAACACACACACUAUGAACACACACUCACCUACAAACACACACACUAU